AUGACCCGUAAACCUCAACUCAGCGUCAAAUAUCUCAAAAAAGUAUUUCACAGCCACGCAAACAAUGGCUCUAGCCUCACAAAGGAUGAGGCAAUCGCCGCCGUAGCUGAACUACCAGAGAAAAACAGGCGACCAAAACGUUUCAGUCGAAUUUUCAAUGAAAAUGCACACGAUGGCCACUUAACGUUUUCAGGCUUUCUGCACUUCGUUGAUCCUUGCGCAGAGCGGAGUCCUCAACACAAAACUAGGAAGAACUCAACGGAACACGACAAGAGCCACGCUCACAAGCACCAUGAGAAGAAGCACCACAAGCACCACGAACACCACGUGAAGGCCGCCGAGAAGGACACCUCUAGCUCUUCCAGCUCAUCCGAGAGCGAGCCUGAGCACAACCACGAACACCACCAUCAUGAACAUCACCACAAGAGCCAUGCUCACAAGCACCAUGAGAAGAAGCACCACAAGCACCACGAACACCACGUGAAGGCCGCCGAGAAGGACACCUCUAGCUCUUCCAGCUCAUCCGAGAGCGAGCCUGAGCACCAUCAUGCUGAACACCAUCAUCAUGAACAUCACCACAAGAGUCAUGCUCACAAGCACCAUGAGAAGAAGCACCACAAGCACCACGAACACCACGUGAAGGCCGCCGAGAAGGACACCUCUAGCUCUUCCAGCUCAUCCGAGAGCGAGCCUGAGCAAACCAUCAUGCUGAACACCAUCAUCAUGAACAUCACCACAAGAGCCAUGCUCACAAGCACCAUGAGAAGAAGCACCACAAGCACCACGAACACCACGCCGCCGAGAAGGACACCUCUAGCUCUUCCAGCUCAUCCGAGAGCGAGCCUACAUCAUGCUGAACACCAUCAUCAUGAGCAUCACCACAAGAGCCAUGCUCACAAGCACCAUGAGAAGAAGCACCACAAGCACCACGAACACCACGUGAAGGCCGCCGAGAAGGACACCUCUAGCUCUUCCAGCUCAUCCGAGAGCGAGCCUGAGCACCAUCAUGCUGAACACCAUCAUCAUGAACAUCACCACAAGAGCCAUGCUCACAAGCACCAUGAGAAGAAGCACCACAAGCACCACGAACACCACGUGAAGGCCGCCGAGAAGGACACCUCUAGCUCUUCCAGCUCAUCCGAGAGCGAGCCUGAGCACAAGCAUGCUGAACACCAUCAUCAUGAGCAUCACCACAAGAGCCAUGCUCACAAGCACCAUGAGAAGAAGCACCACAAGCACCACGAACACCACGUGAAGGCCGCCGAGAAGGACACCUCUAGCUCUUCCAGCUCAUCCGAGAGCGAGCCUGAGCACAACCACGAACACCAUCAUCAUGAGCAUCACCACAAGAGCCAUGCUCACAAGCACCAUGAGAAGAAGCACCACAAGCACCACGAACACCACGUGAAGGCCGCCGAGAAGGACACCUCUAGCUCUUCCAGCUCAUCCGAGAGCGAGCCUGAGCACAACCAUGCGAACACCAUCAUCAUGAGCAUCACCACAAGAGCCAUGCUCACAAGCACCAUGAGAAGAAGCACCACAAGCACCACGAACACCACCUCAUCCGAGAGCGAGCCUGAGCACCAUCAUGCUGAACACCAUCAUCAUGAGCAUCACCACAAGAGCCAUGCUCACAAGCACCAUGAGAAGAAGCACCACAAGCACCACGAACACCACGUGAAGGCCGCCGAGAAGGACACCUCUAGUUCUUCCAGCUCAUCCGAGAGCGAGCCUGAGCACAACCACGUGAACCACCAUCAUCAUGAACAUCACCACAAGAGCCAUGCUCACAAGCACCAUGAGAAGAAGCACCACAAGCACCACGAACACCACGUGAAGGCCGCCGAGAAGGACACCUCUAGCUCUUCCAGCUCAUCCGAGAGCGAGCCUGAGCACCAUCAUGCUGAACACCAUCAUCAUGAACAUCACCACAAGAGCCAUGCUCACAAGCACCAUGAGAAGAAGCACCACAAGCACCACGAACACCACGUGAAGGCCGCCGAGAAGGACACCUCUAGCUCUUCCAGCUCAUCCGAGAGCGAGCCUGAGCACAACCACGAACACCACCAUCAUGAGCAUCACCACAAGACUCAUCCGAGAGCGAGCCUGAGCACAACCACUGAACACCAUCAUCAUGAACAUCACCACAAGAGCCAUGCUCACAAGCACCAUGAGAAGAAGCACCACAAGCACCACGAACACCACGUGAAGGCCGCCGAGAAGGACACCUCUAGCUCUUCCAGCUCAUCCGAGAGCGAGCCUGAGCACCAUCAUGCUGAACACCAUCAUCAUGAACAUCACCACAAGAGUCAUGCUCACAAGCACCAUGAGAAGAAGCACCACAAGCACCACGAACACCACGUGAAGGCCGCCGAGAAGGACACCUCUAGCUCUUCCAGCUCAUCCGAGAGCGAGCCUGAGCAACAACCAUCCAUGCUGAACACCAUCAUCAUGAACAUCACCACAAGAGCCGCCGAGAAGGACACCUCUAGCUCUUCCAGCUCAUCCGAGAGCGAGCCUGAGCACCAUCACGCUGAACACCAUCAUCAUGAGCAUCACCACAAGAGUCAUGCUCACAAGCACCAUGAGAAGAAGCACCACAAGCACCACGAACAUCACGUGAAGGCCGCCGAGAAGGACACCUCUAGCUCUUCCAGCUCAUCCGAGAGCGAGCCUGAGCACCACCAGCUGAACACCAUCAUCAUGAACAUCACCACAAGAGCCAUGCUCACAAGCACCAUGAGAAGAAGCACCACAAGCACCACGAACACCACCUCAUCCGAGAGCGAGCCUGAGCACCAUCAUGCUGAACACCAUCAUCAUGAACAUCACCACAAGAGUCAUGCUCACAAGCACCAUGAGAAGAAGCACCACAAGCACCACGAACACCACGUGAAGGCCGCCGAGAAGGACACCUCUAGCUCUUCCAGCUCAUCCGAGAGCGAGCCUGAGCACAAUCAUGCUGAACACGAGCCUGAGCACAACCACGAACACCAUCAUCAUGAGCAUCACCACAAGACUCAUCCGAGAGCGAGCCUGAGCACAACAUGUGAACACCAUCAUCAUGAACAUCACCACAAGAGUCAUGCUCACAAGCACCAUGAGAAGAAGCACCACAAGCACCACGAACACCACGUGAAGGCCGCCGAGAAGGACACCUCUAGCUCUUCCAGCUCAUCCGAGAGCGAGCCUGAGCACAACCACGAACACCAUCAUCAUGAGCAUCACCACAAGAGUCAUGCUCACAAGCACCAUGAGAAGAAGCACCACAAGCACCACGAACACCACGUGAAGGCCGCCGAGAAGGACACCUCUAGCUCUUCCAGCUCAUCCGAGAGCGAGCCUGAGCACCAUCAUGCUGAACACCAUCAUCAUGAACAUCACCACAAGAGUCAUGCUCACAAGCACCAUGAGAAGAAGCACCACAAGCACCACGAACACCACGUGAAGGCCGCCGAGAAGGACACCUCUAGCUCUUCCAGCUCAUCCGAGAGCGAGCCUGAGCACCAUCAUGCUGAACACCAUCAUCAUGAACAUCACCACAAGAGUCAUGCUCACAAGCACCAUGAGAAGAAGCACCACAAGCACCACGAACACCACGUGAAGGCCGCCGAGAAGGACACCUCUAGCUCUUCCAGCUCAUCCGAGAGCGAGCCUGAGCACCAUCACGCUGAACACCAUCAUCAUGAACAUCACCAAAAGAGCCAUGCUCACAAGCACCAUGAGAAGCAUCACAAGCACCACCACAGCAACGGCGAUCACAAGCUCCACAAGUCGAAACGUUCACAUUGA